UUUUUAAAACUUGAGAUGAUAAUUAUUAAAAAAAUUUUUCAUUUUCGUCCUUCAUUGAUUCUAUUAGACGAUUUAAAUUUAUAUUUAGAUUUAGAACGAGUGAUCCUUUUGGAUACAACAGGAGAGGCGAGUUUAGAAUGGACAAGAUAUCCAUAUGGGCCACAAGCGAAUACGCCCGGGUGGGUCGAAGAAUCUUUCACAAAUUUCCAAAAAGGCAUCAAUUGGAGAUCGUACGUCGUCUGCGAUGUCGCCUACAACAACGUUAACAACUGGCUGUGGACCCCGUUUAUCGAUAGGGGUGUGGCCAAUCGUAUUUACAUCGAAAUCAAAUUCACCAUCAGAGAUUGUAGUUUAUUUCCAGGAAACGCGCUUUCUUGUAAAGAGACCUUUAGCUUGUUAUAUUACGAAUUCGACGCAGCAACAAGGGAACCACCCCCAUGGGAAACCGAUAGUUACAAGUUAAUCGGAAGAAUAGCAGCAGGAGAUGGUCGUUUCAACACCAACAGCGAAGUAAACAUAAACGUCGAAGUAAAAAGUAUUCCGGUUACAAAAAAAGGCGUUUAUUUCGCAUUUCGCGAUCAAGGCGCUUGCAUAUCUUUGCUCGCGAUCAAAGUAUACUACAUAACAUGUCCUCAAGUUACCAUCAACUUCGCGCAUUUCCCGGCUACGCCAACCGGAAAAGAAGUGACCGUUAUCGAACAGGCAACGGGAAAAUGCGUGGAAAACGCGGAAAUCGUCGAAACCCCGACGUAUCUAUGCAAAGGAGAUGGAAAGUGGACUUUACCAGCGGGCGGGUGUAAAUGCAAAUCGGGAUUCGAACCGGAUGUGGAGAAGUACACGUGCAACGUGUGCCCACCGGGAAAAUUCAAAGCGGAAGUCGGCGAUUCGAUGUGUCAACCGUGUCCGAAACAUUCGAAAGCCCCCAGUUCUGGGUAUUCGGAGUGUACUUGCGAUUCGGAAUUUUUCCGCGCACCCAUUGAUUUAAAAAAUAUGUCGUGUACACAACCUCCGUCUUCCCCCCAAAACUUAACCUUAAACUUCGUUGAUCAAUCGACGGUGAUGUUGAGUUGGAAUCCCCCGGAAAAUUUAGGUGGGAGAAACGACAUCGUGUAUAGGGUGAAAUGCGACGCAUGCGCAGCCGGAAUCGUUCAAUACACACCGAAUAUGGAAAUUUUUAACGACACAAAAGUAACCGUCCAAGGUUUAAACGCCGUCACAACGUAUCGAUUUCAAGUUUUCGCGGAAAACGGAGUUUCGCACAUGACGAAAAAACAGCCGGAAUUCGCUGAUAUUACGGUUACGACGGAAGCGAGCGUUGUAAGUAGUAUAACCAAGGUACGAGUGACCUCGGUGAAAAGUAGCGAGAUCACUUUAACGUGGGAAGCCCCUACAUUAAAUGACGGGGGUGGAACUGACGGAGACAACGAAAUCGAAACGUACGAAGUUAGAUGUUACCCGCGAGGCGAUAUAGAUUUUAGUAAUUCAACGACGAUUUUAACCACGGAAUUAAGCGCUACAUUCACCGGAUUAAUGCAACGAACCGAUUAUGGGUUGGAUGUGAGGGCGAAAACUAAACGGGGAUGGGGCGCGUAUUCCCAUCCGAUUUUUAAGACGACCGGUCAAGUUUUCAAGACAGGUAAAAAAGAGUUGUCUUACGUAGGUGACGACGAAAGUUAUCGUUUGCAAAUAGUCGCGGGUGGAAUCGUCGCAGUCGUGGUCGUUUUGGGGGUGAUUAUAGUUUUGGCCGUUGUCUUUUUGAAAUCGAGAUCGAACGACGAAUGCAAUAAGAAGCAACCGAGCGAUUGCGAUGCGUUAGAAUAUAGAAACGGAGAAGUGCAUCAUAACAUGGAGAAUCCACCUAUUGUGGCAACCCAUACGAAUGUGACAACCCCUUUAUUCACGGGAAUCGGAGGUUCUUCACGAACAUACAUCGAUCCUCACACUUACGAAGAUCCCAACCAAGCGGUGCGAGAAUUCGCGCGCGAAAUCGACGCCGGUUUAAUCACCAUCGAGGCGAUUAUCGGCGGCGGCGAAUUCGGCGACGUUUGCAAGGGAAAGCUUCGCGUUAACGGACAUGAUAUAAGCGUUGCGAUUAAAACGUUAAAAAACGGCUCUUUGGAUAAAGCAAGAAACGAUUUCUUAACCGAAGCUUCGAUAAUGGGGCAAUUCGAGCAUCCCAACGUGAUUUUCUUGCAAGGAGUCGUCACGAAAUCGAACCCGGUCAUGAUUAUAACUGAGUAUAUGGAAAAUGGGUCUUUGGAUACUUUCUUAAGGGCGAAUGAUGGGAAAUUCCAGAUUAUCCAAUUGGUUGGGAUGUUACGAGGGAUAGCCGCGGGGAUGCAAUAUUUAAGCGAUAUGAAUUACGUCCAUCGGGAUUUAGCGGCUAGAAAUGUGCUGGUUAAUUCGCAAUUGGUGUGCAAGAUUGCUGAUUUUGGGCUGAGUAGGGAGAUUGAGAGCGCAACUGAGGGGGCUUACACCACUAGAGGGGGGAAAAUCCCCGUUCGAUGGACGGCCCCUGAAGCGAUAGCUUUUAGAAAAUUCACCUCAGCGAGCGACGUUUGGUCGAUGGGGAUCGUUUGUUGGGAGGUGAUGUCUUAUGGGGAGCGCCCCUAUUGGAAUUGGUCCAAUCAGGAUGUUAUUAAAAGCAUAGAAAAAGGAUAUAGAUUACCAGCCCCUAUGGACUGCCCAGAAGCUAUUUACCAAUUGAUGUUGGAUUGUUGGCAAAAAGAAAGGACGCACAGACCCACUUUCCAAUCGAUAGUCAAGACUUUGGACAAAUUAAUUCGCGUGCCAGAAACUUUAAGAAAAAUAGUCCAAAAUCGCCGCCAACCACCUUUUAACCCUUACCCAUGGUACAAUACUCAACAACACGAAAACCCGGACGAAAUCAACCACGAAAACAACCCCGUUUUUUACAGUUUGCGCCGCGACGUUAUACCGGGCGUUCUCAUCCCGAAUAACGUCGACAACAUACAGGGCGAUUUUUUUUCGAGUUUUCAUAAUUUGGGGCGUUUAAACGAUUUAUCUCGUAGCCGGGAGGAUAAUUUCGACGAUUUUAAUCGUACAAAAAACGGGGUCGUUUUGAAUCGUUGGAAAGAUGCCGCUUAUGGGACGAGUAAUGACGACGCAGCUUGGGUUUCAUUCCAUAACGUAUCAACGAAUCCAUUGGCGGCGGACGCCCCGGAUUUAACAAGUUUUACUUCUGUUGAGGAAUGGUUAAAUUCGAUCAAAAUGCAUCGGUAUUUAGAGAAUUUCCAUUCGGGUAAUAUAAAAACUAUGGAUGCGGUCGUUAAUUUAACAGUGAAAGAACUCACGGAGCUCGGUAUUACGUUGGUGGGUCAUCAAAAGAAAAUUAUGAACAGCGUGCAAAAUAUUCGGGCUCAAAUACGUGUUAAUGGUUCCGAGGGGUUCUUGGUUUAAACAUUUCUUUUUAAUUAAGUUCUUAAAGUUAAAAAAAACGCGGGAUUAAAUCGAAAAAGUGCAACAAAGAAAAACGUUGAGAAAAAUAUUAAUUAAUUAAUUAAAAUAAACAAAAAUAAACGCAGAUUGUGAUGUUAUAUUAGCUUUUAUAUUAUUGUAUUCCGUCUGUGGUUGUAAAAAACGAAGAAGAGGAAAAAAAACGAUUUUUUUUCCAUAUAAUAUUAAAUUUUUCCUUUUUCGAUGCUCAAUUAAUCACUCAAUCAAGUUUUAAUUAAUUUUUUUGAGGUUAUGAUCUGAACAUUAAUUAUUUUUUUAUACAAUUUUUUUUAUAAUUAUU